AUGGGUAAAUCUAAUAGUAAACUUAGUGAAGAACAACUUCGAGAAUUGCAAAAGUUUAACAAGAAUGAACUUCAACUAUGGUACAAAGGAUUCAUAAAAGACUGUCCAACUGGUGAACUUGACAAAACCGAGUUUCAAAAGAUAUAUAGGCAAUUUUUUCCUUUCGGUGAUCCUUCCCGGUUUGCUGAAUAUGUAUUUGAUGUCUUUGACGAGAAUAAGAAUGGAAAAAUAGAUUUCAAAGAGUUCAUAUGUGCACUAUCUGUCACUACCAGAGGAAAAGUGGAUGAUAAAUUGCUAUGGGCGUUUCAUCUUUACGAUAUAGACAAUGAUGGUUAUAUAACGAAAGAAGAAAUGUUACAGAUUGUAGACGCUAUAUACAAAAUGGUUGGUAGUAUGGUGAAAUUACCGGCUGAUGAAGAUACGCCUGAAAAACGAGUCACUAAAAUAUUUACAUUGAUGGAUAAAAAUCAAGAUGGUAAACUCAGUAUAGAAGAAUUCAAAGAAGGCUCAAAACAAGACCCUACAAUUGUUCAGGCUUUAAGCUUAUAUGAUGGCUUA